GUGGAAGGAGCUUGGGUGCUUGGAUUAGAUGCGCAGUGUUUUUUGAAUCGAUUGAGGAAAGAAAUAGCAGCAAUUACCAGGCAUCGAUUAAAUAUCGCAAAAGCCAUGAACGCAGACGGGGAGGCUUAUGGGAUGAUUGAUGGCCAGCCUUUUCGUACGGGGCGAAAAUCAGCGAAAAUCUUUGGAGCACAUUCCAAGUUGGCGAAGUACAUCGCAAAGCGAGAUGCACUGGAGAAGGAGCAAGAUGCCGCAGCUCGAUUGGCUCAAAUUGGUGACCGGUCCGCCGUACAGGAUGCCUAUGUGAAGCAAGCAAAACAAGAAACAGGUUCUACAACUACAAGCACAAGCCCAGCUCCUUGUGCGUUCAUGUACAUACUGGACAAUAGACUUAGCAACGCGCUUGGCGUUUUGCGUUGUCUUGUUUUUUUUGAGUGUUGUUCUCUUCUAGUGAUUGCGUUCAUACAGUUUUGCUUUCAGAAUAGGCAUGCAAAGCUAAAUCUUAUCGUUAUCUUACUUAGUAACCUUUCACAGCACGAAGCAUGCACGAUCUCUGUGCUGGGUUGCGCAUCCCUAGUCCGACGAGAUGGGGCACAGUUGGAUCCGCGUGUCGCGAUAAGACGGGAGCUGAUAUAGUUGGCCACAACGACUGGCUUGGCGAUAGAAAGCAAAUAGAUUACGAGCCGGGAAAGUGGUUGAAGUGUCCAUCUGAUGGUAUUUAUUGAGACGAAGUUGAGCUUGUAACCCUAAAGCAAACCGUUACUGCUAUAGUUAUUCUUAUUCACUAUAAUUUUAAUUCGAAAAAGCUGGCUUCUUGCUAUGCUAUGAAACUUCUAAUCUGCACCUUUUUUGAUUGUAUUCGUUAUUAAGUUGGUUCUGUUUUACUUUUAUGUCUUUUUGGUUUUGGUAUUUUCAUCUAUUCUCAUCUUGUUAUUGUUUUUCUUUUGCAGAUUCUCACUUGGCUUUCACGCGGGUGUGUGGCGCUAGUCUGGUUCCAGCGGACAAAAUUGUAGUGCAGUUAAAUGAUGAAGAUUCGAUUGACCGCAUGGAGAUCCUGUCGAUAGCAGACCAAAGCG